UCGUGAAUGUCUGAAUGAUGUUAGGUUGUCAUGUGGCAACUAAAGAAGGUUACAUGCUGGUUACGAGUUAAAGAAUUGGAUCAGUGGAUCAUAUGACUACGCAAAAGGAGAGACAACUGAAUUGAAUGCGACGGUCGUGUCAGAUUUUAUGUAAUUGAAGCCAUGCCUUAAUUUACAAGAUUUUCCGUUGUUCCAGGAAGGCACCUCGCGGUUUACCUCGUUUGACUCGAUGCGCUGUAGCGAGCCUGUCAGCUAACUUCGCUAUCUUACACUAUGUAGCAAGUUCGCUAGCUAGCUAGCUGAAGAAGCCUCAAGUUAUUAGAGACGGACGGUGGCAGCAAGCACGUUGAUUUGCGUAUCCUUAGGUUCCAUGAUUUAGUCAUUCUUAUAUUCAGAACUCAUUAUAAAUAGGAUUAGUGACAGUAAUGCUUUUAUUUUUGCAAGUUAACAUAUUUUUGCACUACAGCAUAGUUUGUGUCUCCAGGGUAGAUAUUGCUUCAUAUAGCCUAUAAUAUAAUUUGCAUCACGGUUUUCUGUAUUACCUUAGAAACCACUUAUAAUUCGGUACGCUGAAACGCAUCAUAGGCUAUUGCUUGAAAUCUUGCUAGCUCCUAAAUUAACAUUUUACAGCGGCACGGAAAAAAUCCGUACAGUAUAAAAUCUAAAACAAAAAUUCGUUUGAUAUAACGUUAAAUUAUAAUUCUGUUACGGUUUCUAAGUAUAGGCUACUGUUACAAUAAAUAUAACGUUAUUGCCGAUAAUGUAGCCUAUCAGUUUGGAGCGAAAGCCUACAGAUGAUAGGUUUGGAUCAUGAUCAAAUGGCUAGUUUGCCUUCAAGAUUUAUCUGGCAAUAACACACUUUUUUAAAUUAUUAUCUUGCCACGAAUAUAUGGGAAAUAAUUGUUAUGCCUCUGUCAGCGAUAUAUAUAUCACGUUUGCAACUUCUCAAAUGCUGUUGCGGUAUUUUAAUUUACCGAGAUGAAGACGCAUAGCUAGUUUUGCCUACCAUUGGUGGGAUUUACGUAACAAACCAUCUACCACUGUUGGAAAGGUCGUAUCAGGUUCGAAAGCAAGAUAAAACUUUCAUAUUUAGACUGAAUCGGAAAAGUUUAUGGAGGACUUCAUCGGACAGCCGAGACUACGUGCGGGACAAGUCGGGAAUUUUUGAGCGUGGCAACGCUCGUUUAAGAGCAUCACUGAUUACUUACGGAUAGGCUGAAGUGAAAGGUUGUAACUACCGCAUUUACUGAUCAGAGGAGCAAGGUAGACGGAAACGUGCGAGGCAAAGCCCCCGUAAACAGGAAAGUCGGCGAAAUGGCCGGCGACUGCAUCUACAACGCACACUAUGCUAACGAUGACACUUUCGGUGACAAAAAUUUGUUGGGCAGAAAGCAGGAACUUGCCCAGGAUCUCCGCGUCCUCGAUGUCAUGCAGGGUAGCGCGUCCACGUCAGUGGUGGCUUCUUCGCCGUAUUUCGAGAUAAUCAACGGUGUGUUGUAUCGCAAAAAGUUGGAGAUGGGUAACACCAAUUAUAGAGAGGUGUUGGACAAGGACAGACGACUGAACGCGAUCGCCACGUAUCAUCUGAAGGGGAAGAGGCACCACACCUUGGAUGACACCUACAGAUUUGUUGCAGAAAAGUACUGGUGGGAAGGAAUGUACUUCCACAUCCGAGAAUAUGUUCUGGGAUGCCAGCAAUGCCAAGCGCAGAAGGAGAGGUUCAAGCAGGCCCGGCCCGAGCCCCGUGUCUCUAGGACGUUUGCGUCCCAUGGCAACAGUGUGCUCCAUAAGCUGAGGGGCCAGCAGGAGGUGGGGCUCUUCUGUGACAUCACUCUGAAGACUGGCAGCCGCUCCUUCCCUGCCCACCGUGCAGUGCUGGCAGCCGUCAGCGAGUACUUCCAGGAAAUCUUCACCGAGAUGGACUCUGCCCCUGGCCUACAGGCUGACAUUGACCUGACUGGUUUCAGUGAGGAGCUCUUCGUGCCGCUGUUGGAGUUCUCCUACAGCUCCACGCUGUCGGUGCGGGCGGAGUCGCUGGGGGAGGUCUCCGCCCUGGCUCGGCACUUCGGUAUGUGGGGUGCCGUGGAGGCCUGCAGCGCCCUCCAGAGAGAGCACAACGCUGGGCGUGGCAGAGCCAGAGCUGCUGCCACCUACCUGCGUCCACGUGCCACCUCCUUGGAGCUCACCAAUGGGCUGCAGGAACGCUGCUCUGGGGGAGCUGGUUCACACAAGAAGAGGAAAUGGGGGAGGAGUUUUGUGCAGGCAGAGGAGACUUCUCAGAAACGCCCCCUACCCCAAGACCAUGUCCUGACUGCAAGUGAUAAUCCCUCUGAGAGUUUGAGCCCAGGGGGGCCAUUCACCCGCUCUCGACUGGGGUUGAACGGAUUGAGCCCUGCCCACAUCCAUCAUGGCCCCGCCCAUCGGCUCAAGCUGAUGGACUUUAAAUCCCCGUCCAGCAAGCCCAAAGGGUCUCCCGCCUUCCGGGCUCAGUCCUCCUCGCCUGCAGUGGGAGCUCUCAGGCAGCCCGCUCGUGUCCUGCGCUCCAACACCGGCCCCCAGGAACUGCUUCCCCGAGGGGUGGGCGCUUUAAGUAACCCUGCCCCUUCCUCCAGUAAACAGAGGCUGAGCAUGGCAGAGGCUGGGCUGGGGCUGGGGCUGGGGCAGGGUCUGGGAUCAGGAGUGAGCGUGGUGAAGGAGGAGCAGGUGGAGGAGGAGGUGGCGAGCCCCAGCGUACAGGAGAAGUACAGGUUGCUGAGCGUACUGGGUCUGCAGAGGAAGUCCCUGCUACCGGACCCGGUGCAGCCUGCGGGCUGGCAGCGGAAACAACGCCUGCGCAAGCUAAAGGUCCUCAGCUAUGCUCUGACCGCUCCCCGUCCUUCACGCCCCGCCCCACCAACCCAUUUCCCUGGCGACAGCAGGAAUACCUCCGUCCUCCUGGCAAUAAAGGCGGAGCCCCCGGAGCCUGUUGCGGUGGAGGAGGCAGGGCUCAAGAGAAGAGAGGGGUGUGGCAGGAGCCUGACCAAUCGGGCGCUGCCCCCCCAGCGCAGGGAACUGAGGCGCUCAGUCAGGAUCAGGGAUGCCCCUCUGCAGGGCUUGCCCCGCCUUCGCACCAGGAAGGUAGAGCCCGCGUCCCGUGAACUGCGCAGGAAACCUGUCCGAGUGAAGAGGGAGCCAACUGUUUCCGUCAUUUCACCUCACGCCCUCACCACAUGUAGUACACCGGGCUGCCCCCGGGAGCACUCCCUCUCCCACAGAGCCAGAUGCCCGCUGGACCCAUUGUUGCUUGGAGUUGGCAGGAGAACUGCCAGCGGUGCCCGGUUAGUCAGUCAGACAGUGCGUGACUGCACUAGCCAGGCAAGGGUGGAUGGCUGCGCCCCCUGGUGGCAAGAGGCCAUAAAGGACGAGCCACUGGACCCAGUCCCUGUGACCACCCCUGUCGCCGGGACGACAGAGCUGGGCAAGCGUCGGAGCAAGCCCCCCAUGAAGUUGCUGGACCCCGGCUUCCUGUUUGAGUUCUGCCGGCCCCCGAGAUUGAAGAGGGAGGCAGAGAGCGUGGCCAUUUGCCUGACCCGUUCCGUCAAUCAGCUGCAGCCCAGGGGCGGGGCCUCUGGACCUCGGCGAAAGGAAAGAGGCAUGGCCUAUGUGGGCACCUCACACAGACCAAAUCUUGCCAGUUCAGGGACGGCGAAGGACAGAGGGAAUCUACCAAAGAAACGGUGCAAGCGGCUCCCGCGGCUGGAGUCUACUCGCAGGGCACGCUGGAAGGCCCGUGUUCCGGUGACAUCACACACCUGUGUCCAGUGCAGGGCCAAGUACCGGAACUGCGACUCCCUAAUAAUGCACCAAAUCCGCCACAUUGAGGGAAAGCACUGGCCCUGCCCACUGUGCAGCAAGACCUUCUUCAGGCAGAGAAACGUUCAGAGCCACAUCCGAACCCACGACCAAAAACUCUACAAAUGCCGUGUCUGCAUCUCUGCCGCCUGAGGUGUGCGUCGGUCACCUGACCCGAGUGCUGCGCGGAGAGCUGAGGGAGCCUCCCAAUAAACCCACGCGCUGUCAAUCAUUCAGUCAUAAGCACCAAUUACAACAGUCUCCUUAGCAAAAUGAGCCAUCCAUCCUCUUCCACCUCUCAGUUAGGCCCUUCUUUCAGUUUCAUGGGUUGUUUUUCUGUCGUACCUGGAGAUGGAAAGAAAGUGUGUUGUUUAUGUACAGAUCAUUGUGUGAAAUCACAAGUCAUUCAGAAUCAAUAUUUUAGCACAAAAUGUCUUGCCUGAUAAUAUUAGCAGCACCUGAUUUCAGGUUAAGUGCCUGUACUUGAAAAAACAGUUUUGUUUUGGCUGUAUUGAUAGGAUUUGCGGUGUAAUGAACUUGCGUCUAAUUUUGUUAUAUUUCAGUUUAAGUUUAACGGUUAGAAUGUGUGUCAGUUUGACUGAUUUGUAAAUACAGGGAUAAUUUUCAGUUAAUUUAAAUAACCUGUUAAUUUAAUUACGGUGAUUAUUGUUGUUCUGUCAUGAUUAUUAUUUAAAUUAACAAUGUCAAGAUGCUAUCCCCUACUGUUUUUGCAUUUGCAUAGCUGCAGAGGAUAAAUUUGAACCUUUUGUGUUGUCAUGGUGACAGGGAAAGGACCUGGAUGUUACAGUAAAUGUAAAUGAGAAACCUUGUAAUGCUGGUACCAAUGGUUUAUUAUUAUUAUUAUUAUUAUUAUUAAUAUUAAGAAAUUGUAUUUUUAAAUGAAUGCACUGAAAUAUUAGCAUUGUUUUUAACCGAAGAAAUCUUUGUUAAACCAGAUGAUGACUUGGUCUUAUACUGACCUGGGAAUACUUGAAGGAUGGAGGGAAGAAGAAAUUAUGAAUACAUAUUCUUAUUAAGCCUUUAUGUAUGAGCAUAAUUGUGUGACCUUGCAUGGUUAACUGCAGUGUAUAUAACGGUUAACAUUGCUGCCUAUUUAAAUGGGAAAACUGUACGGUGGAAGUGCGACUUUAAAUGUGUAAUUGACAUAAUGAUAAAUAUAGCAGUUUUCUUGGUCUUAUAGUGGGAGUCUGAAAUUAGCCUUUUUGUAUUUAAAAAUGUCUGACAUUUAUCAAUAUGAAGAGUAUUUGUGCAAAAACUUUUAAAGAAUUUGCUUUUCAAUUCUAGAAUUGUUGGGGGGGAAAACAUCAAUUUUAGAUCUACUGAAACUCCAAAUAGUUUUAAUAAAUUCAUUUUUCACUGCUA